GUCUGGCCAACCAGUCAGUGGAUCUGAGUUCACUCACUGUGGCAGGUUGGUAUCUUUCUCCUUCCUUUUCUUCUCUGUCUGCCUCUGUCUCUCUCUGUGUGUCUCUCUGUCUCUCUGUGUCUCUCCCUCUCGGUGUGUGUCUCUGUAUCUUGCAUGCUGUUGUGUGCUCUUGAUCUCUCGCACUCUCAGAUCCAGGCACUCCCCAGGGAUAGCUUCUAAUGUGGGUCUUUGUCCUGUUCCCUCCAGGGUCCCGCCUGGAUCUGCAGCUGUUGCCCAUUUCCUUCCUUGUCACCAAUGGGAAGUUUGAGAAAUCUUUGCUAGAGCCCCCGUCCCUUGAGCACGAGGCUCUCUUCAGAGAACUGGCCCUUUCGGUGAAACACGCUCUGAGUAGUUACAGCAGCCUCCUGCAGGUGACGAUACAGGACUGCCUGAAUGAUUCCUUUAUCUGUGUGGGAGAGCUAUUGUUCCAGGCUCCAGGCCCCAAGCCCCAAAACCUCUUGCAGACCCUGCAGAAAGCAGUGGACUCAGAGGGUCAUCUAGCUGACUCCCAGUUCCAAGUGGACCCCAGCUCCUUCUUCAUUGCAGAAGAAAACCUGAAGUUUUCCCCUGGAUCCAAGACUAUGUCCAGCACUUCUGUGGCUAUCAUCAUGCUGUCCCUCCUGUCUGUCUUCAUAGGUUUCAGCUUGAUAAUCCUGUGUGUGAGGUGCAGGCUCCAUUAUUGGCACCAAGGCAUGUUCUUAUUUCCUCAAGUCCACCAGAUGCAUGGAGACAUGUUAGAGUUGCAUAGCCCCCAUGAGUGCUCUGGCCAACAGGAUGAGAGUCCAGAUUUGGGGAGUGAAAACCCAGGCUUCACACUGCAGGAGGAAUCUGAAAGCAGCAUCUAAGAGAACAGAACCUCUGGAGUAAUGAACAGCCUGGCCCAGAUCUUUGACUGAAGAGAAUGUUUGGGAGUCCUGCUCUCUUGGGCCAGGACCCAGCCUCUUAUUUAUUCUCCCCCCUCCCACCUUCUUCCUCCAUCAAUCGGACAUCUCUACUGAGCCCUUAGAGAGAGAUUUGGGCCUGGUUUUUAUCCUGAGUCUGGCUGCUGUCCCCAUCAGAAUAUGGGAGCCUACUACCUUAGCUCUGUUUUGUAUGAUCUUUUGGUGUGGGGUGUUUUUUUUUUUAAUGAUCAUUUCACACUUGAGGAUUUUUUUUUUUCAGAAAGGAGACUGUGAAUUAUGUCCUGUUUG